AUGGUUCGAUACCAGCCCGAUCGCGUGAAUUACAAGUGGAGCAUUGAUAUGCAAACCCGACUUCUAGAUAAUGCUGGAGGCCAUUUAAACAAUUCCCUGUUCUACGCCUUUUACGAGCAUGCUGUUGCACGCUUCUGUGCCGAUAACGGCGUUGCAUACGGGAACACGCAGUACGGCCGCUUGAUUCUGAAGUCUUCAACAGAGUACCUUGCCCCCGUUCAUGGUUAUCCUGAUCCAGUAACCAUUGGUUUGGGCGUGCGCAAGCUCGGUCGCAGCUCAAUUGACUUUGAGUUUGGAGUGUUCCAGGGCGAAGGCCCCGCUAAAGCCGUCGGUUAUGCUACUCACGUCUUUAUGGAUAAGAACGCAAAAAAGCCCUGUGAGAUUCCCGCAGAACUCCGCUCUGCUUUAGAAGAGACUCUGAUCUCGCCUACAACGCCCACAUCUAUCGCCAAAUUAUAG